AUGUACAACGUUCUGGUAUUGCUCCUGUUGUUAUCUACUCGUGCCCAAAUGGGCACUUCCACUCGAGGAAGUUACAACAUCGCUCUCCUAAGAUCCGUGCUGACAGUAAUCCGCGGCAGGGAGCACUGGAAAAAUACUCCCAUCUUCAUGGGCAGCCAUACUAAUUCGGAUGACCUGAAUGCCUUGAUGAUUUGGCUUCAGAAUACGAUGGAAGUAACUUGUCACACGGUGGAUACAUCUACUGCAGCCCAUUACGAACAACCUCUGGGUUACUUUAACAUAAAUGCGGAUAAUUCGGUUAGUUUGUUGUUUUGCCAAAGCUCCCACGAACUUAUUUGGUUUAAUAUGGAUAAGAGACUUCGCCGACUACGUACUAUUCGCCUAAUUGUGAUUUUAUCUAACAAACGAAGUGAAUCCUACAAAGCUAUAAUGGGCAUCUUUAAAAGGCUGUGGCAUUUUCAGUUCCUCAAAGUUAUUGUUCUGCACAGAGAUCGGGUUUAUUCAUAUACUCCUUAUCCAGUCAUUCGAUUUUUUGAGCUUGAUCCUAGUUUCUAUCCGCUCUUCCCACAAAGUACAACAAAUUUCCAAGGCUAUGUGGUGUCUACCCCUGUGGAAAACGAUAUCCCGCGAGUGUUUUUCGUGCAUGAUCAGAAAACAGGACGCAAGCAAAUCAGAGGAUUUGGGUAUCGCACAUUUGUGGAGUAUCUGCAUCGCCACAAUGCCUCAUUACAUGUCAGUAAUUCCCAACAGGAGCAUGCCAUCAACAGCAGCGUGAAUAUGGGACGGAUAAUGAAUCAGAUUGUGGACGGCCAGCUGGAGUUCUCCCUGCAUCCGUAUGUAGAUGUUCCGGAAAAUGAAGGAGAUCACAGCUAUCCCCUGCUGAUAGCCAGCAAUUGUCUUAUUGUUCCGGUCAGGAACGAGAUAUCCCGCUACAUGUAUCUACUAUUGCCUCUUAACCAUUCGAGCUGGAUAAUGCUGCUCGGUUCCGUAGGUUACAUCAGCGGCGUGCUCUACUACAUUCAACCUGGUGUGGUGCACCAAACCUGGGGUCACCGGAUGGGGCUUAACUUCCUAGAUAGCAUCAGCCGAAUACUUUAUAUAUGCUCUCCCUCCAGAACUUACAAUCCAUCCCUGAGGUAUUUUAUAGUUUCGGUACACCUUAGUAUUCUGGGAUUUGUGGUUACCAACCUCUACACCAUUAUGUUGGGCAGCUUCUUCACCACCUUGGUGGUGGGCGAGCAGAUGGACAGCAUGGAGCAGCUCAUCCAACAGCAGCAAAAGGUGCUAGUAAAAUAUUACGAAGUCAGUACACUCUUACGGCAUGUGGAACCAGAUUUGGUGGACGAAGUAGCGCAACUUUUAGUGGGUGUGAAUGCCAGUGAGCAGGUGUCGGCACUUCUUGGGUUCAAUCGAAGCUAUGCCUACCCCUUCACCCUGGAGAGAUGGGAGUUCUUUGCACUACAACAGCAGUACGCCUUUAAGCCCAUCUUCAGAUUCUCAUCCGCAUGCCUGGGCUCGCCGAUUAUCGGCUAUCCCAUGAGAAGGGACUGCCACCUGCAGCCGACAUUGAACAUAUUCAUUAUGAGGAUCCAGGACGCAGGACUGCUGCAGCACUGGAAAGUGUGCGAUUUCAACGAAGCAAUGCGCGCUGGUUAUGUUCGACUUUUGGAAAACUUCCUGGGGUUUCAUUCCUUGGAUGUCGAUUCCUUGCGCCUGGGAUGGGCAGUACUUUUAUGUGGAUGGCUGCUAUCCACAGUGAUUUUCUUUGGCGAGCGCUGGCGGUUUUGUCACUAA